GGCGAAAUCUACCGCAAACACUCUCUCCCAUCCAGAAUGAAACUAAUCUUCAGUUUGCUAGCGAUUGGCGUGGCCCUCUGUGCCAUCAUUGCCAAUCAGCCCUCGCUAGUAUCGGCUCGCGCUCCUGUGAUUGUCGAGGAAGAGGAAACCGUUCUGACUCGGGACUGCGCCUUCACGAACGCCCACUCGGGCUCACCGUCGAAGCCCGGAGGAGAGACUGACCUUCAUGCAGGCCUAGAGGAAUAUCCCACAAGAAGCCUGAAAGAUACCCUGACCAGCUUAGGACGCAAAAUAGCCAAAGGUCUGGGAGUUGUCGGCCAUGUUUUCAAAGGCGUCGAAUUCAUUGCCAGCUUCUUCAAGACCAAAUAUAAGACCGAAACGAACGAAAACUACUGGGAGGAGCUCUCGGAAACUGCCAGCGCCUUGGUUGAAGAGACCAUCGACCAAGUGAUCUUGCGUCAAACUCAGGAUGCUGUCAAACGCAUGUCCGAAAACCUCGAGUUGUACCUCGACAACAAUAGCACCGUAGGCGAUUUCUCAGCUCUCGAUCUCAACAUUGCUAUGGACAACGAACGCGAAACCAUCAUGUCUAUGUACGCUGGAAUCAACCACCCUCAAAACAUCGUGCUGCAGUACGCGGACAUGGUCACAACUCGUCUUAUGCUCUGGCAGGCGACAGCUUUCAGAUACAUCAAGGACUACACGAUUAACGGCAGAGCACCGUCUGGAGACACCGUGUGCAGCAUAGUCUACAAGUGGAACAUGGCUUACAAGACAGAGAUCGACGAGGUAUCUGAAUUCUUGUUGCCAGCGCUUGAAAAGUGGAACACCGAUUACAAGGCGCAGCUGGGAGUGAAUUGCAAGACGACUUACGUCAACCCAGCUUUCCACCAGUGGAGAUACGAGGCGGAAUGCACAAUAUUUGAUGGGUAUCACGGUACUUUUCCCGGAAAGUGGAGUAACACGUGUUAUCGUAAAUCUAAUCCGAGAUGUCCAAGCAAGAGCAGCAGCGCAGUGUGCGAUGUCUACUGUGGGGUUGCGAAACUGGAUCCCUACAUCGACGCUCAAGACCGCACUUACAAUUUGAUCAAGGAAUACGUUAAUGCCAUGCUGGACGAUUUCUUAAUUAUGAAGACGACUCAGAUAGACGUUUACAUGGAGGAGUGUGGCUUUUAGAAUAUCAACCCAUCUUCAGACAAGAGGAAUUACCUUGCAUCAAGAUUCAGCACAUCUGUAUAAUUCACAGAAAUUAAACAAAAGCAAAUAUCUAGUGUAUGACUUUAAAAGCAUAAAAAAUUUUAAUUGAUUAAACUUGGAAAGAAAGAUCUUGCUGUUGGUGGGAGCGCUGGAAAGGUAAUUAUGCUCACUCUUAACAGUUAUGCAUGAAAUUAUAUUUACAAAAACUAAGACUUUUCUUACGCGUGUAAACGCUUAAACAUAAUUAAGAAUUACAUACCCACCAUUAGUAGCUAGGAACAAGUAAAUAAAUUCCAAAGCACUAAAGGCAUACAAACGUUUCUUUAAAUGUUCAGCAACUGUAACACCCAAGUACAGAAUCUAAACUAGCUUUCUUUUUAAACUAAUUUUCUUUUUAAACUCUGAAUAACAUCUGGUUUGACUGAUAAACCUCUCUUUUCAAGAAUGUGUGAAUUCGUAGCAAGUUCGAAUAAUCAGUCUAAAGAAAUCAGCAAAUCUUUUUACAUUGACCUUUGAAGAAAUUUGAUUUCAUGAGCAAUAAAGGGAAUGAAAUAAAUGAUUGGAUUUAA